GGAGAAAGGACCAGCUUUCACCCCUACAUCCCCCUCACCCACCCAGUCAACAGUCAGAAGAGAAGCAGAGCCCAGAGGGGGUGGUGGUGCUUUGGCUGGCUGACUGACCUGCGCUCCUCGGUGGAAUCUGUCCGUCCCUCACUGCGCCUGUUAGAGAGGCUCCAAGCCCGGGUGUUGUUGCUAAUGAGCACUCUCUCCUCCCUUCUUACAAUGAAAGACAAGCCAGACCCCAGGUACCUGGAUGGAUUGGUAGCUGAAGCUUCGGAAACUUCAUAAUAAGUUGCCUGUGGCUAGAAGCCAAGGUCAGCUGGUCUCCUAUUAGUGCCUAUCCCCUCUUCAAGUAGAGCAAAACAACCCAUUCCCUGAUCAACACCUCAGUGGCUUUUUAUUUUUUCAGAUGAAUCACAAGAUAGCUGUCACUUUAAACCCAUAUGAAAGUCUUUCUAUUUUUUUGGUUCAAAACAUUACAUUCAGUCCCAAAGAGGAAUAUGUUCCCAGCUAACAUAUACACUACCUGAUUUUAUUUUAUUUUUUUUAAUUUAGGCCUGGGGGGUUCAUUUUAAGUUCUUUCCAGCACACCACACUUAAGGACGCUUUAAACCCUCCAUUGAUUGGAAGGACAAAGUUUAAAAGCAAUCUGAUCCACCCUCAUGCAAGAUCCCUGUGGAUUUUCUCCUUAUUCCAUUUCAAAACCCUGUCACCACUUGAGAGUGUGCCCGAUUUCAUCAGCUUCACCUCUAGGAGAAGUCACCCAUCUUGUUAUGCCAAGAAUAGUGGGGAGUGAAGUUAUGGACAACUUUUUGAUCUGCUGGUCAACAGCGUAAGAAGCACUCCCUCUGAAUUUUCCACAUCAGCUGGCCAGACUUGCCUUCUGGACAAAGAGGUUCCUUCUUGCCUACAAACCAGUGGUCCUUGGGUUUCUGGAAUGUCCCUGGCUACUCCUGUUUGGUAGAUGUGGCAUCUCCAUGUUGAGGCCACCAUUUACUCCUAACCCAGACGCUGCCUUUCCAGGGCCUCUUUGGGCCCAGAGUCCACCACCUCCACCUGCUGUCAUGCUGCUCUUGGUGUCCCUUCUGAUGCACUGCCUCCCAUUGGCCGUGGGGGACUAUGACAUUUGCAAAUCCUGGGUGACCACGGAUGAGGGCCCAUCCUGGGAGUUCUACGCCUGCCAGCCCAAGGCCAUGAGCAUGAAGGACUAUGCCACAGUGAAGGUGGAGCCCGCUGGGAUAACCUGUGGAGAUCCCCCAGAGAGAUUCUGCACUCAUGAAAACCCAUACUUGUGCAGUGAUGAGUGUGAUGCUUCAAACCCAGACCUGGCCCACCCACCUCAGCUCAUGUUUGACAAGGAGGAUGAGGGGCUGGCCACCUACUGGCAGAGUGUGACAUGGAGCCGAUACCCAAGUCCACUGGAAGCCAAUAUCACCCUUUCCUGGAACAAGAGUAUUGAGCUGACUGAUGACAUAGUGGUGACCUUUGAGUAUGGUCGACCCACUAUCAUGAUGCUGGAAAAGUCACUGGACAAUGGGCGGACAUGGCAUCCCUACCAGUAUUAUGCUGAAGACUGCAUGGAAGCCUUCAACAUGCCUCCCCGCAGGGUCCGUGACUUGUCUUCUACAAGCGCCAAUCGGGUGGUGUGCACAGAGGAGUAUUCCCGGUGGGCUGGCUCCAAGAAGGAGAAACAUGUGCGUUUUGAGGUGCGAGACCGCUUUGCCAUUUUUGCUGGCCCAGAGCUCCGUAAUCUGGACAACCUAUACACCAGGCUGGAGAGUGCCAAAGGACUCAAGGAGUUUUUCACCGCCACUGAUCUGCGUAUGAAGCUACUUCGGCCCGCUUUGGGUGGCACCUAUGUUCAGCGGGAGAACCUCUACAAAUACUUCUAUGCCAUCUCCAACAUCGAAGUCACUGGCAGGUGUAAAUGCAACCUCCAUGCCAACCUGUGCUCCUACAAAGAAGGCGGCCUUCAAUGCGAAUGUGAACACAAUACCACCGGCCAGGACUGUGGCAAAUGCAAGAAGAACUUUCGAACCCGCUCAUGGAGAGCAGGGUCCUACCUGCCUCUCCCUAAUGGCUCCCCUAAUGCAUGUGCGGCUGCAGGCUCCGCCUUUGGCAACUGCGAGUGUUAUGGCCAUUCCAACCGCUGUAGCUACAUCGACUUCUUGAAUGUGGUGACCUGUGUGAGUUGUAAACACAACACCCGCGGCCAACACUGCCAGCACUGCCGCCUGGGCUACUAUCGCAAUGGCUCUGCUGAGCUCGAUGAUGAAAACGUCUGCAUUGAAUGUAACUGCAACCAGAUAGGAUCCAUUAAUGACCGGUGCAAUGAGACCGGUCACUGUGAGUGCCGAGAAGGGGCUGCAGGGCCCAAGUGUGAUGACUGCCUCCCCAGUCACUACUGGCGCCAGGGCUGCUUCCCCAAUGUCUGUGACGACGAAUACUUACUCUGCCAAAAUGGGGGGACGUGCUACCAGAACCAGCGUUGCCUCUGUCCCAGUGGCUACCAGGGCGUGCUGUGCGACCAGCCUCUCUGCCAGGGGGAGGAAGGCCAAGCCUGCGACCCUGCUCCCCAUGCCGGCCCCCACCUCGCCACGCUCCUUGGCUCUGGGUUGCUUCUGUGGCUGGCAGGCUGCCUAGGUUAUUGACACCGCCUCAUCCCCAAAGCUGGGGGGCAAGGAGGGGACACCGGGGCAAAGAUCCCCCCUCCCCAUCUUCACCCCCAGGGACUGCCUCACUACCAGGACUGUUUACCUCCAUUCCAUCCUCACUCACAUCCAUCUGAAUACCAGGAGCAGUCAUGGAGACCUCGCCAAGGAACACUAAUCCUUCCUGCCAGAAGGGUGCGGUCAAGCCCUUCCUGCCAGAAGGGUGCCGGUCAAGCCCUUCCUGGGGCUUCCUCAGCAAAGUCUCUGCUCUCCCUCCUUCCAGGGACCCUGUCCUCUUUGACCCAUCCUCUCUCCCCAACGUUCAGGGCCUGGGACCCAGUUCCUCCUGCCAAAGCAAACGAUCCUACAAUUUUGAUUUUACCUCUGGUUUUCUCAUUUUCCCAGGGGGCUUAUGGGGGAGGGAGGGACAGUGACCACUCUCCCCUUCCACACCCCAAGUUCUGACAAGGCAACAACAGCAUCCCUCCCAAAUCUUUCUGGUUGACUGAGGACCGGCAGCAAGUAUCCGUCCAAUCUCAUCGCACAGCUGGGCGGACAACCUGGAGUUCCAGAUGCCUACAACUCUCGAUGCUGAAUUUAUGAUGUUUUGUAUUCUCACUUUGGUUUCCUUUUGCAAACUACCAGGCCCCUAAGGUCAGCCCUGGGGUUGAGGUGAGGAGACCUUCACUGUCUCAAGGUGGGGGAGGCUCUGAAGAAUGUAAGGAUGGGUACUUUGUUUUGUAGAGAAUUAUUUUUGUUUGUAUUGUGUCCCACGUAUCAAGGGGACAAGAAGGGAAGAGCCAUUCACCAUGGGUGUUUGGAUGAUGGCAUAUAAUCCUACAGAGUAAAAGACCUGUUAACUGCU